AUGACAACAGAACGUCCUCUGCAAGUGGCCACAACUAGCGGCAAAUUCCCCAAAGACCACAUUCCCAGUCUACAACAUUCCAUGUACCCGUCCCAACGAGAACACGUUUCUGACCAGACAAGCAGCGACCAACUACAACAGACAGGGAGUCUAAUGCGCGGCUAUUCCUUUCUCGCAGACCACAUCUACCGGUCAGUCUCGAAUCCCCUUUAUAAACUGGUGCGGACGGUUGAAGAUACAGUUGGCGCAGAAUCCGCCAGCAAGCACCCCGACGAAGGUUUCCAGAGUAGUUACCAGAGCUACCAGGCGACGGUAAAUUUGAAGUUUGAGUCCAAUGGAGGGCUCAGCAGUGAAGGUGCGGGGAAAACGACUGUCCAACCGGUUCACCGACAACAGGGCUUCAACGUCUGGGACGCCAGUGCCGCGAGUAGCGUUCAGCAAUGGUAUCCAAGAGCUGCUGAUGAGGUUCUACAGCCAACAACUGAAGCCUUCAACAACUGGCCUCCUGCGCACAGUGCACAGGGCGAGACUCAAAAGCCAGCAACUCCACCACAGUCGGCGUCGCCUAGCAAGGCCGCAGCCAUAUUUCAUCAGCACCACCAACAGCAAAACAGAUACCAGCAGCAAUACUUCCAGGAAUGGGCUGAUGCUAAUCACUCAGCUACCUCUGCAGUAGCCACAGCCACCGCCUACUACCCGCAGUUUGAUGAGACCGCGGGAAUUGGCGGUGGCACUCCUACGUCACCACGAGUUAACGAUGAGGCUUCUUUCCCACAAACAACCAGUAAUGGUGGGGACGCGCCGGCCUGCCCUGGGUGUUGCAUUCCUCCCUCGGCACCGUCUGCUUACCCAGAGACCGGAGGUGAAUUGCAAAGUGGCCUGUGUCUUGUCGACCCAAUGCGUGCCCUUCCGCGAUACCUCACAACGGGUCUUUGGCCGCCUGUCAUCGGUCCAGCGAAGCUGGAGUGGAGCGGCAGCUCGGGUGUUAGCGAUGACGACGCACGCCUGCUCGAUAUGAAUCGCUUCUAUGGGGACGGGAGCUAUCGCAUGCCGGGCGCUGCGGCGGCAGCCGUCUAUCCGGGCUAUGGAGGGGGAAUGCAGGACACGAAGGACUUCUUUUUUACGUCUUCUCGAUACACAACAGUACAGGACGCUACGUUCAGACACAAAGUAGAGGCGCAUAGACUGUCUGUCACGGCAGUUGACUGUGAUCCCCAAGAACUGGAGGCCUUCGCGGAGCGAUUUAAGCAGCGCAGAAUCAAACUAGGGGUGACACAGGCGGACGUAGGCAAGGCCCUGGGCCGUCUCAAUCUAGCCGGUGUCGGCUCUUUCUCGCAGUCCACCAUUUGUCGUUUUGAGUCGCUUACCCUGAGCCACAACAAUAUGCUCGCUCUAAAACCGAUCUUGCAAGCCUGGCUGGACGAAGCGGAGCAGGAGGCUGCGGCGCGACAAAAAAACCCCAAUGCCUACGACCCAGACGAGGACGACAAGAAGAGGAAGCGCACCUCCAUAACAGAUCCCGAGAAGCGAUCUCUGGAGGCGUUCUUCGGAAUCCAACCAAGACCCUCAAGUGAAAAGAUUGCCCAGAUAGCUGAAAAAUUGAAUCUCAAGAAGAAUGUGGUGCGCGUCUGGUUCUGCAACCAGAGACAGAAACAGAAGCGAAUGAAGUUCUCGACGGUUGGAUUGUUGCACCAAGUGAACGGGAUGUAA